GGGGGCCGGUGCCGGCAGCCGCAGAGACACUCCGGGCAGCUGGGUGAAGGCCCAUCUGGGCAAGGCCCCCAGCGGCCGCCUUCCCCUGGGGCCCUGUGGGCAGGUCUCCCGCUUCACUUUCAGGUUUCUCGAGGUGUCUUCCUGCUCCUGUCUGUUUCCCCAUCCUGCCAGGUUUCUGUUUCUCUUCUGGGCUAGCGGCAGUGGGUGGCUGUGCCGGGAGGCCCCACAGAGAUGCUCAGUGCUCGGGAUCGCCAGGACCGGCCCCCUGAGGAGGGGGCAGCUGCAGUGCUCCAGGGCUUCGCCGUGGACAAGACCUUCUUCUCCUCCCUCAAAGGCAUCCUGCUGGAAACUGAGCUGGCCCUGACUUUCAUCAUCUUCAUCUGCUUCACGGCCUCCAUCUCCGCCUACAUGGCCGCGGCGCUGCUGGAGUUCAUCAUCACACUCGCCUUCCUCUUCCUUUUUGCCACCCAGUACUAUCUGCGCUUCGAUCGUCUUAACUGGCCCUGUCUGGACUUCCUCCGCUGUGUCAGCGCCAUCAUCAUCUUCCUGGUGGUCUCCUUUGCAGCUGUGACCUCCCGGGAUGGAGCUGCCAUUGCUGCUUUUGUUUUUGGCAUCAUCCUGGUUUCUGUCUUUGCCUAUGAUGCCUUCAAGAUCUACCGGACUGAGAUGGUACCCAGGGCCACCCAGGGGGACCAGCAGUGACUCUGGGGCUCUCUGGCUCCCAGACCCAGCCAGACGAAGGGGAUAGUGGAACCCAGGCACAUCUCCUUCGGAAUCACUAGCCUCCCAGCCCACUGUCCCCUACCGAGAUGCGUAGCCUGAGAAGUCACUGGGGACUUAUUUGUGGAGCCUGGUUCUCUGUGAUCUGGUUCCUAAUGAAGAUCUGGCCAGAGGAGGAGGACUUGUGGGGGGAGGAGGAGGAGGACUUGUGGGGGGAGGAGGAGGAGGACUUGCUAGGGGAGGAGGAGGACUUGCAGGGGGAGGAGGAGAAGGAGGAGGGGAGGGAGAGAAAUUGGGCCUCUAAGUCAUUCCCAAACUAAAAGAUUUGAAUCCUGCCAA